AUCUUCACAUCGUUUUAUAUCUCGCUGUUUGAGCUCCAGCUGUAACUUGGCGCAUCAUGUUAGUGAAGCUCUAACUGGAGCACGUCCCCUUUAAGAAGUGACAGCAACAAGCGGCGGAGGAGCUGGUCAGGAACUGGUCAGGAGCGGACGGCUGUGAAGGAAUCCCAAAACUUUUUUUUUUUUUUUUUAACUCAGUAAAGUUGUAAAUUUACUGUUACAGCUCUAAUUGGAUUUUUUAUUGAAUGUUGAAAUAACAUCAGCGCGUUUUUACUGGCUGCCGGUGAUGAAUUAGAUCCGCAUAGCCGCUCGGAAAAGAGGUAACUUUGCGAGGGGAAAACUUGUGGAAUGAUGCCCGAACGACUGCAUCCCUCCCUCCAAAGUUCAGCUAAGGUGGCUAACGUUAGCUAGCACAGGAGCGGCUCGCUAAACGUGAGGUGAAAGUUGAUUAAAAUAAGACGGAACCCAUUCCGUCGGAGUGGUCCCAGGCCUGUGGAGUCCAGAUAGAUGUUUCUAAGAGAAAGCUUUCAUCUUCGUCUUGUUAACACAGACGAGACAGGUUACAGUAACGAGCUAAUCACUUUUAGCCAAGUGGAAGCAGGCAGCUAGCAUCUGCGAAGUGACUUUUAUCAGUUAGUUCAGCCACAAAGAGGAAUGACACGACACACCACUUCUUUAUCUGCCACAGUUGAGCUCCAUCCUGUAAAGACUGCAGCACUUUGACGGUCCAAGCAACUUUCUUUUUACUUCGCCCCACUGAACAGCAUCUUCUCCUCGGCUUGAGGAGAUGCGCAGAGGCGACAACCGUGGUGACUACUGCAAGACACAUUAAUAUCUGAGCAGCAUGUGCUGACUACUGCCUGUGGAAUCACCAUGACAUUUACCAGUGGAGCACCAAUAACACUGGACAACUUGAAAAUCUGCGUGACAUUUUGAAGGAUCAGGUCAGAGUGGUGUAAUUUUCACUCGGAUGCAGCUGUUCAAGCCACUCAUUAUCAGAGCUUCUUUUCUGCCAUUUUUGUAGCUUUUUGUGUUUGAUCACAUCUCCAGCUUAUCAAGUCAUUCAGUGGUGCACUCUGCAAUUUAGAGCAUUCUUCCAUUGUUAUGAUAAUUGCUCAUCACCUCUAUCUGGAGGGCCUACAUCUUGGAUGAAGAGGAGUGUGCUAUAAUGAAGGUGACUGUAACGUUUGGACAGACUGGUGUGGUGGUGCCUUGCAAGGAGGGAUGGACUGUGAGGGACCUCAUUCAGCAAGCUACGCAGAGAUACAGGAAACUCCUGGAACAGGAAGGAGAUUUUCGGGUUCGAACUCACCAUGUUGAAUACUGUGAUGGGGGGAUUCUGGACCCUGAUGAUAUACUCAGUGAUCUGGUAGAAGACAAGGACAAGCUGAUGGCGGUGUAUGAGGAGCAGGAAGCCCAGCAGAGGGGCAUGGCUAGCACAAGCCUAACCCCCAGCCCUGAUCUCCACCAAGCUGAGCUCUCCGUUUUCCAGCCAAUUACAGGAGGAGAGAUCGAAGUCAAUUCUUCAGCCCUCAAGUCAAGCACGCCCCUGCUGGUGAGAAGCAGCAGUGACUCGGCCCUCGGCCCCCAAACUGCAGAGGCUGAACCCUCCUUCACUGAAGACACAGCAGUAAUGGCAGCCAGCCCUGCUGUGGAAAGGCCUGCAGGAAUGGACCGAGCCCAAGGCAAGCACACCUUCAAUAGCAGCCUGACCAGGAUGGUGGAGAUCCUUGGUGAGGACAGUCCAUUGGGAAUCCACGUGGUUCCCUACUGCUCAUCACUCAGUGGACGGCCUCUUGGUCUGUAUAUCCGUGGAGUGGAGGAAGAGAGUCGCUCAAGAAAGGAGGGCUUGUUUCAAGAGGACGAGUGCAUUGUCAAAAUCAACAACACUGACCUCAUGGACAAGACAUUUAGCCAAGCUCAGGACAUUUUCCGCCAAGCGAUGCGUUCCCCACUCGUCUGUUUGGAAGUUGUGCCCUCCUCCAACAGAGAGCGAUAUGAGAAAAGUUUGAUCGGUCAGCUGUUUGGCAACAGCACCGCACCCAACAGCAGCCCCCAUAUCACCAAAACCAAAGAGCCACCUCCACCCAUCAAAGCCAAACCGGUGUUUAAGCCCUCUGAGAGUCCAGCCACACGACUGGCAGAGGAAGCUGCCCCUCCAGAAACUUUCACUACCUCGAAGGGGAUGAGUGAGAGUCCCCUCCUUCGGAAAAGCCCUGCCCUAUCCAGCCUGGUGGCCAAUAAGAGAGGACGGAGACUGAGGAUUGACUUAAAAAAAGGUUCAGAAGGUCUUGGGUUUACCGUGGUAACCAGGGAUUCUUCAGUACACGGUCCAGGUCCAAUUCUAGUGAAAAACAUUCUGCCACGAGGUGCUGCUGUCAAAGAUGGACGUCUUCAGUCUGGAGACCGCAUACUGGAGGUAAAUGGUGUGGAUAUCACUGGGGUGGGCCAAGAGGAGCUGGUCUGCAUGCUCCGCAGCACACGGCAGGGAGAAAGUGUUUCUCUGGUGCUCUUACGGCAGGAAGACAUGUUUCUGCCCAGAGAGAUGAAGGAUGAGGUAUCCCGUGUACCAGCCUUAGUUUUGGAGAACGGGAAGGAGCAGCUCAUGUUUGAGGUUCCCCUCAAUGACACCGGCUCUGCGGGACUUGGCAUCAGCCUCAAAGGGAACAAGUCCAGAGAGACCGGAGAGGAUCUGGGAAUCUUCAUCAAAUCUAUUAUACAUGGAGGAGCUGCAUACAAGGAUGGACGCCUGCGUAUUAAUGACCAACUGGUUGCUGUAAAUGGAGAGUCGCUGCUGGGACGCUCCAAUCAUGCUGCCAUGGAGACGCUCCGACGAUCUAUGUCACAGGAAGGAAACUUAAGAGGGACAAUCCAGCUGGUGGUGAUGAGGACUUUCAAGGAUCAGCAUGAGGUGUCACCCAAUCGCUCAUUUGACAGCUCUUCUGGCCUGUUGGGACUGAUGAGUCCAAUGAAAGGUCAGCCAGGAUUGGUCAGCCCAGUGUCGGACUCCUUUCACCCUCCCCUGGUGGGCAACAGUAUUUAUGCUUCCAGUGUGACCAAUGGGAGUUACUCUCACAUGGAUGAGGAAGAGGAGGGGGUGCUGUAUGGGCAUGAUGCCGACACCAGCAGCUCUAAUCAAUAUUCAUAUUUACAGGAAAGGACGAACUCUCACACCUCGUGCCCGGCUCAGCCCCAGACCCCCACCCAGAACCAGAACCAGAACCAGCGGCAAUUCCAGCACAUCAAAGCCUCCAAGAGCAUGGACCUGGGUACGACUCAGAGCCAGCAUCCCACUGUGGCAGAUGAGAGCAACGUGGGAUCCCUGGGUGGAGGCACUACUGUUCCUUCAACUCCUGUGGAACUCGGUCCUACCCUUGGCUUGAAAAAGUCCAGUUCCUUGGAGAGUCUCCAGACAGCCAUGUCAGAAGUCAGCAGAAAGAACGAGCUCCUCCCGUUCCACCGUCCUCGCCCGAAUAUGGUCAGGGGCAGAGGCUGCAAUGAGAGCUUUCGAGCAGCGAUUGAUAAAUCCUACGAUGGGCCGGCUGAAGACGACGAUGAUGAAGGUUCAGAGCUGAGUUCAGGCCGUGACACCCCUGCAAGUAGUUCAUCCCGCCAGGGGGUUGGUGAUCAAACAGAGGAGAAAGGCAAAAAAGACAAGAAAAAGAAAGCAAAAACUAAGAAGAAAGAAAAGAACAAAGGGAAAGGAAAAGAGAAGGAGAAGAAGAAAGCAGAGGAGCCUGAGGAGACGGAAAAGAAGACUAAGAAAAUAGGCUUUGGCCUGUUGAGAUUUGGAAAGAAAAAGGAAGCAAAGGCGGCUCUGCAGCGACAGAAGUCUGACAUUCUAAGUGACCAUGAAUUUGAGAGGAUGAAAGAAGAGAGAGAGAGGAUUGAGGCAGGCCAUCCUGAGCUGCAAGAUCAACUGUCUAGAGACCAGCAAGGUGGCGGUGGCGGAUCUUCAUAUCCAGACUUUGAGGACGAUGAUGCAGAUCCCAACUAUGCCCGGAUACAGUCCUUCAGAGACAGAGAUACGAGUUCAGUCCCACAGCCAGCGCCUCAGUCACCUCCCUACAGUACAAUUCAGCACGCUCAUGUCCGCACACCUUCUCCUCAAGGCCCCUCUGGCUACCCAGGACGUGGAGUUCAUGCUAAUGAACCUGGAGUCAUCCCCGAGGAAGACCCCUUUGAUAGGCUGUACGCCAAAGUCAACAAACCAAGAGGCCCUGGAGCUGCUUCUCCUGCUCCUGCUGCAGCUCCUGCUAAUGACAGCAUGGACAGGAUCCAGCAGCUUAGAAGAGAAUAUCAGCAAGCGAGGCGAGAGGGAAUGGUGCCUCCGUAUGAAGAAGAUCUACGUCGCAGAGGACAUGAAAAUGACCCACACAGGAUCCCACCCAGAGGGGCAGAUCAGCGUCUGUCACCACGGUAUGAAGAGGUGGAGCGUCAGUACGCCUCCCUACCAAGACGAGGUCCGUUGGAUCCAGCAGAGUACCCCAUGCAGCCAUGGUCAGGUCAUUACCCUGGACCCUCCCAGCAGGUGUACCCUCAGUCCCCACCAUACUCUAAUCCCAACUCACAGUCUGGCCCAUCUUACUCUGGCUACCCACCUGGCCAGCCAUACUCACGGCCAGGCGACCCUCGAGGCCUCGACCCCGGCUACUACCCGCACCCCAGCUCCCAGCAGAGAGGCCCCUUGCGGCAGGAUGUGCCCCCAUCACCUACCCCUCCACUCCGUGUACCGCGGUACGACACAAUGACACGUGGUACUGUAGGUGGAGGUUACAGGUAGGGGUCAUAUCUGGAUGAAGACAGUUCCAGGCAUCAGAUGGAGCCCAGUACAGACCAGUACGGCCACUGUAUACUGGGGAAGAAGGGAGGCAGCAGCACCAAACCCACCCAGACAGAAGAAUGCCAUGACUGCAGCUGUGUAGAGAAACCAGGUCCAGACAUGAAACCCUGCAGAAUACUAACAGUUCUGUUUGUGUAGCUUCACCACUAUUAUCCACCACUGUCAGCACUGUGUGACGUUUACAGUAGUACACACACAUGCAAGGUCAAGAAAGUUCAACAUGGAGUGGACGACAUGAUAGGUCCUGCUAGAAGUCAUUCACAUUGCAAAUCAAAACUACAUCAUCAUGAGUUGUUACUUUUCAUUUUACUCUGAUAAAGUUCUCUUUUAAAAUUCACCACUUAACUUUCACAUGUUGCUGUGAACUCUGAUUUUGUCCAGGUAGUUUUACUGAGGCUCCUCCAACAUGACUAUAAUUAUAAGUGUUAACACGGCUCCCCCAAAAUAAUCAGCUAAGCCUUACCUGACAAGAAAAAGUCUCUUCACUAAAAACAAUUAUGAUAUUGUUUUUAUGUUAAAAGCAACAGUAGGCCUUCAUUUUUGUCUUUCUCCUACAUUCAUAUCCUCGUUGUCAUUUUACACUUUUUAAUGUUUUAAAAUGAAGCUUAUAAAUUUCUGAAAAAGUCUAGAAGGUAGAAAAUGUUAUUAUGAUCAUUUACUGAGCCGAUAUCUAGAGAAGCUAAUGUAAUGUGUGAGUGAAUGCAUAGCUAACGCAGCAUGAAAAACCCUGAGCAGAGCUAAUAUUAAAAUGAAUCAAACAACCAGCUAUUUGCUGUAAAUUGACAGGUUACACUGGUUUAAAGUGGUAGCAGUUCAUGUUAGUAUAACCUAGGUAACCUUUAACUAAAACAAGCCUAAAAACAACUAAUUUACUCUACUUGUAGGAAAAUGGGACUGCAGAGAUUAGAUUGUUUGGGUCCUGAAGCUGCAAAGAUGUUACCCUUAAUAAUGACUUAAUGAAUAAUUAAAUCUUUAGCAACACUUAGCUUUAUAAAGGGUUGUGUCUCUCCAUACAAACGACCAAACCAGAGCUCUAUCCAGCAUGCAGAGUUUGGUCUUUGAUUAUUUUGAGGGUUUUUUGCCAAACAGGGAGAACGCCACUAAUCAGAAACGUUGCAGUGAAGCGUUGUAUAAAUUAUCCGUUGGUGUUAUGAUGUUGUUUGUAUCUUUUAUUCCUAAUGUUUUAAUCUGAGAUUAGUUUUAUGACAUUGUCAGUUCUGGAUUAGUUAAAAGCCAAGUCGGGGAAGCACACCUCGGUUUCCGGCACCUAUAAACUCCACUACAUUUCAUCAGCUGUAAAAGUACUAAAACUCAGCAUUAAAGUUAGAAUAUAUGACUAGAUGGCAUUUAGCUUUAUUAAAAUGACCUUUGCUUGAAUGUAAGAUGAUCUUUGAUCGUCUGUUUUUUAUCCACCUGGUGAACCUGUGUUUACUGAAUCAUCUCAGAGCGAUUAGAUUUUAACAUAUGAUCUUUUUUUCUAUCGGCAUCACUUGUCCAGCAUUUCCAGUCUGCUGCUGUAUCGGCCGGACGGCCACAUUUAGUUACUUUUCCUCAUAUCAACCUACAUUAAGCUGCAUUAAGAUCGUUUCCUGAUGUCAUGCGCUGUAGUUUGGAUGUUAUGGACGUCUCUGUUUCCUCCCUGUGUAGGUAUAGGUGUGUGCUGAAGACAUAAAGUGAGCCUCGAGAGUGCUGCUCCACAGUGUAGUCAUUUAACCACUUACUGAGCCAGCAGUUAAACAUAACCAACAUUAGAGUCAUAACAUUUCAAUGUUUCACUCCUACAAAGGCUGCAGUAUUAAGUUCAACGGACGCUGAAUGUUUAAGGUGACAUUUAGGGAUGAUGUGGAUGACAUUUCUAUUAAUAUGACUGAGGAUUAAAUCCCAUUAAAGUGAAGUGUUGACAGUAGUUUGAUUGUAAACUGUAAUGACUUUUUCCCUGUUUAUUUCUGUUAAUUUAGUUAAGAAAAGGAGGGGAAAAGGAUGGGUGAGAGUAAAAUAAGUUUAUGAAUGGUAGAAAAAAAAGAAGGAAGAAAAGAAGAAAGCAGGUAGAAGAAAUGAUAAAAACAGAUAAAUGCGAUGCAGGGAAACUAAACCUGUAGAUGGAUGGUUAAAGGAAUGAAAGUUGACUUUAAAAAAAAGAUGAGCAGUGUUUAUUGUGCAUUAAGAUGAGGGUUACAGUAGGGGGCUUUUUUAACUGAACGUAGGGACUGUUGGCAUCAUUCACAAAUAUUUUUAUACUUUUAACUUUUUACAGCAAAGUUCUGGAAAUCAAAAACCUUACUAUAUUAAUAGAAGUUUAAAAAUAAUAAAGCACGUUUGUUGGGUCAGGUGUCAACCCACCUCUGCUCUUUUGCUCAGUGCUGAUUUUAUAGUAGAAUAUGGCUUCAUAUUUACUGCUCACGAGGAGUGAGGCUGGUGUUUACCAAAUCUGUUGCAAACAACUCAUCCAGCUGAUGAAACUGCAAGUGGUUAAGCUCAGUAAAGAAACGUUUCCACCAACAGGUCCGGUUCAGGACGGGAUGGGGCGGUACGUAUCUUUUUUGCAUUUCCACAAGCAAAAAAACUGUGAAGGGCGGAGCUUAACACGCUGAAAUCCGCCGAUUGGUGGAAAAAAUCAUCACUUCCUGUGUGACUCAGCACUAAGACCAAAGUAAGAACACUGUAAUGUUAAAACACGUUGGAGUCAAAAACUGCUGGAUGUCCACCAUUCUCCUCCUUUGUUCCUGUGUUGCGUUCCUUUUAUAGUUUAAGGAAGCCUUUGCACCACUACGACCUUGUGCUGUUAACUUACGUAUCCAUUGCUAUUCAUCCGAUUAGGUACAGGUACAGUUGCUGUGGAUACGAAACAGAGAUCCGGACUCACCGAACCGUAGCGACCCGGACCUGCUAAUGGAAACAGGGCUCUAGACAAAAACCGUGUUGAGCUUUAAAAUGACCUUAUUAUGUUCUUAACCUUAGAAAUGAUAUUUCCUGUUUGGAUCAAUGCUUCUCCUCCUACACAUUCCACGUGCAUGUAGCUUCUCUCUGCAUUUAUUAGUUGUGUGUUUCUUUAAAAUGAUGGCUGAUGCUGGUUUGAGGAGAGCCACACGUGUUUGGCUGACGUUCUGUGACAAGAAGAUAACGUUUCGUUCAUUUGUGCCUCUAUGAAAGCUACACAAAAAAUAAAUAAAUAAUCCAUUAAACUCCUUUUUAAUUUGCUUUUUCAAACUUUGGGUAACCAAAAAGAGUGAUAGUGACACUUCAUAGCUCAGUAAAUGUACCAAACAACUCUGAUUUUUAGAGGUAGAGUAUGUGUUUCACAGUUUGAAGGUACUCGCUGUACUGUUUCUAUAUGAAGGGUUCUGGUACUCCUGGUUCUUCUGUUACAGAGAUCAGUGAAUGAAAGAACCAACUAAAUAACCUCUUUGCCUUAGAAGUAUAACAGUUUUUAUUACACUGCUUGUAUCUAAACAAAACAAAUAAGAAAAAAAACUUCUUUUAUAAUCUUGUAACAUCUCUAUUACGGUUCUCUGCAUUUUAUAUUUAUGUAAUGAACAUUGUUUUUUCAUUAAAGCAUUCAUUUUAAAACA